AAUAUAGUAAGACAUUGUAAUUUCACACCAUAAUGCAACUUAGGUUCGCCAUUUGAGCAAUUGUACAGCUUCGUCUGGAUGUACCUAAUAAAUAGUUAUAUUUUGUUUUAUUUUAUGUAUUUUGUUUAAAUCUCGCUGCUGUCACUUUCACUUCCUCAUUCAAGGUGUUUUACCAUGUGUUUGACAGGAAUACUUCCUCAUUAUAGUUUUACAAAAACUAGCUGUGUGUCGGUCAUGACGGACGAUAUCAGAGCAGAGGAGCAGAUGCAGGUUUCUCGCCAGGAGGUUUAUGACGAUUAUUUGAAAUGUUAUCUUCAGCAGUGUACAGAUGUUCGGCCGUGCCGUGAUACCUGCCUGCUGAAGAAGGCGGCUUGGUAUCUUCUGAUGGAUCCUGAACCGAGUGAAACUUUCGUGAUGCUCCCAUUCUAUCAGGCUUUGAGUGAGGGUUGUGGAGCCCUGAGCACAGACUACAGGAAAGUUCUGUCUGCUUUCAUCAGAGCCGCCGAACUGCUGGAAACGAUCUGCCUCAACCUGUUCCUUCAACCAUGGAAGAAGGAAAUCAGGACACUCAAGACUUUUACAGGUCCAUUUGUUUACUGUCUCCUGCCAGUUCUCAGCAGUUCUACCAUUCAGUCAGUCCUGGCCUCUAUUGGCUACCUGCCACAUACUGACACUCCACAAAGCGAGUACAGACUCAGGGAGGAUGCUAACCCAGACAGAGCCAUGCUGGUGGCUUUUGAGCUGCUGUUGGCCAGGGUGGAAUGUUACCAUCUCCUUGAACUCCUGGAUAACGAUCAGAUGGGACCGCAGGAGAGGCUGGAGGUUCUCCAUAGGAGAGUGAGGCAUACGAAACUGGAAGCACCUACAGAAAAGAAGACAAUGAUAGAGCAAAAGGAAGAGGAGGUGAAGAAGAAGACGGAAGAGGCAGAUGGAAAAGAGGUACCUCCUUAUUUGGACACAAGGCUUGCAGUGAACCAUCAGCCCAAGCCUCGAUGCUGCAACCUCAUCAGCGAAGACCAGUCCAUUAUGGAGAUGCAGAUGACCUACCCUGACCUGGCCUUCAGGGGCCGCCCUCUGCUACCAGACAAACCCUACCAAGCAAACACCAGCAAGAGCAGCAGUAAAGCUGUUCAUACUGCCGGCACUAAUAAUUACAGUGAUGGCAGUAAAGCUGCUGAGCUUCCCAGAAGAGACUGUAUGAAAAAUCCUACAAAUGUCUGCAGUAAAAAUCAUAGCAGCACAGGAUUGCACGCGUUUGGUGACAAUGGCAGAAGCAGUGGAUCUAAUGAUAGGAACACCUCAGGAGACACCAUUAGCAGCAGGUUAAGUAACACUGAUGGAAGCAGAGUUGAUGAUGAGCUCAUUCAUCCUCAGGCUAUUUCCCAGCAUAUCACACUGAAAGAUGGAUCCAUGGCAGAAUGGAAGCUGAAGCCUGGAAAGCCUCAGCCCAUCUCAGACCCUCCAACCUGGACACAACAGCGAACAAUAGCAGACCUACAAAAUAAGAGACAGGCCAAUCCAGGGCUUCCCUCACUGAGCUCCAUGGAUAAGGGUCAGGAGCUUAGAGAGACCAAAAAGGAAUUGAAGAUGAAAAAAGAACACAAGAGAGGAGAGGAGAACACAAAUAAAGAGAGAAGGAAGAAGGAGAGAAAAGCAGAUGAGCAGAACCUCAGGAUGCCAGUGAUGGAGACAGGUCCAGGACUGAGCCAUGCUGCCAGAAGAUGUACCAGAUCCUCUCAGGCUGAUCCUGCUGUGAUGAAAGAGCAGAAGCAGCCCACCCCAUGUCACCCCUCUCCUUUGACCAUCAGUACAGCGGACUGUCAGACCUGUAAAGGAGGCAGCACAGAGCAGCAGGACCGAAGAGACACUGAAAGAGCGGAAACAGGCCGAGGAGAGGAAGAGCAUCUGGCACAAAGCUAUGUUAUAGUCGAGCAUGACAAGAAAUAACAUGGUUAAUUUACAUGUAUGGAAAUGAUUCAUAACAAAACUACUGAGCGAACUCAAAACAAAUACCAGCUGUUUGAAUCAGUCAUUUAGAAUCAAGAUUUAACAGUGCAUGAGUAGAGAUUUUAAAAAUUAGAACAAUACUUUAAUGUGCAGUCCCAAUUUUGUGCACACCCAGUUGGAAAUCUGCUCUACCUACUCUCAGUAAUUGCUUCAGCUGCUCUUGCUCCAUAGUAGUCUCUCCAGAUAAAUAGUCUGUGAAACCAUACAAACACCACCAGUGUAUAAAUCCUGUUUAAUUAGAUUAAAUGACUGUUAAUAUUGGAUUUUAUUGAACUGUAAUUGCAACAACCUGCACUGACAGUUUUUUUGAUACUUCUGUUACUCUUUUCCACAUGUGGAAGACAUUGAAGUAAUUUCUCAAAUUCCUGAGAGGCUGAAAGAAAUGGUUUUUGACUGCUCGUUAUGAUAUUACAUUAACACAGCAUUAGGCUAUUUACUUUCUGACUGUAAAAGACCUUUAAACUUUAUUCUAUUAUAUAAAUUGCAGGUAUAUUUUUUGCAGGGUAUCAGGUUUGCAGUUGUAGAUGAAAAAACAGCAUUUUGUUUGUUUCUCAACCAAGCAUAAUUGAAAAUGUUGACCUGUUUACUUCAGUGCACAGUUAGUGUUAAAACAUCUGUCAGUCAAUGUGAGUCAAGUUCCAGUUCAUUUUGAUAGUUGGAUAACUUGUUUGUUUAGUUUUAAAUCAGAUGUUCCUUUUAAAUUAAUUAAAACAUUAACAAAGCUGAUGGGGCAGAUCACAAGCCUUAAGAUCUCUGUUCGAACACCUCUCUUCCAAUUAUUUCUGAAGGAGUUUGCUCUGGAUUUUCAAAAAAAGUGAGUCGGUUGCUUCCUCAAAUUUAGUAAAAAUUCCUCUGUCAGCACGAUGACAAUGUAUGUCUUGAAACUUGUUUGGUUGACUUUGGCCUUAUUGCAGAUUAAUUACAGCUCAGAUGUGUGUCUGCUCAGUUCUGUUGGUUAUUAUAUCUGAAUUUGAUGAACCAUCAUUUUCUCAUGAAUCAAAGGAUGAAAAUGAAAGUUUUUAUCAUUUUAAGUGUGACUUAACACCACUGUCAUGAACACAGUGCUUCAGAUUACCUUGUUGACUCUUCCUAGAGUGAUAUUCCCCCCAGAAUCAGACUUAUGGCUUUAAAAAGACUCUAGUGUUCUCCUUCCAUGAGGAACAGCAGCUCUGGUCGGCUUAAAAUUUUGUCAGUUACAGAGAAUGUUGGAGCCAUUUUUGUGUUGUGGUCAUUCUUGUAUGUUCACUUGUAAUUCCCUCUUUUGUACAGUAGGUGGUAUGGUAAAAGGUACAAAAAGGUUAAAAUGUAAUCGGGAGCAAGUGUGUUGUAAUAAGAGGCACACAGUGGUCAGGUGUCACAUAUCAUUGACCCAUUUGUUUGCUUGCUUGCAAGUUACUCAGUGGUAUGUAGAUGUCACUAUGGAUGGAUGAGAUGGUGUUCAAAUAAACACACAGUAUGGCUACACA